GUCGUGGCGCUUAGGCUGCGGAAAUAAGUUUUCCCUAGUCGUUCGUCACCCAGCCGAUCCGUCUCGCGACUGUCCUCGUGUCCACGUUGGCUCUCAACCGUCGUCAGCAGCAGUCAGGCAGUCAGUCAGUCAGUGUUUGGGGCGUCGUUAUCUUGCUUUCGAGCUGGCCUUUGGCGGCAAACGAUAACGCACGUUCUAUUCAUCAGUAUCGCAAACAUACCUCGACAGCUUGUCCAAUUGGCCUGUCGACGAGCUUGUUGGAAGCUUCAGUUUGUCACAAACGAUACGCCGGUUAAGUAUGAUUCGGGCGUUCAAUAAGAAAUGGAUCGUUGGAGCGUUGCUGGUGAUUGUGGCCGUCCUGAGUGUGGUCACCCUGUUCGGGUCCAGUUGGGAGAUUGCUGACUUUCAGGACAUUAUUCGGGCACGGCAUAUGAGGUACUUCAAGUAUGCAUCGAAUGGGACGGAACCGUUGGUUCAGCCUAGCAGGCUCAGCGACUUGGAGACCGUUACGGAUUUUUCCUACAUUUUACAAACCCUCGAUCCGAGGCUGCCCACUCCACCUGGUGACAUGGGAGCAGCCGUGACGCUGGGUGUUACGAACGAGCAGAUAGCGGCCAUUGUGCGGGAAGGUUUCGACACCCAGGGUUUGAAUCAGUAUCUUUCAGAUUUAAUGUCCGUUCGGAGACGACUUCCCGAAACACGUGACAAGUGGUGUCAAGAGCCGGGCCGAUUCCUGCCGAAUCUACCGGAAACGUCCAUUGUGAUUGUGUUUUACAAUGAGGCUUGGUCUGUGUUGGUCCGAACGGUUCACUCCAUCUUGGAUCGAUCCCCACCAAAUUUGGUGAAGGAAAUUAUCCUGGUGGAUGAUUGCUCCUACCUACCGCAUACCAAAACCCAGCUGGAUGACUACUUUCGGUCGAUGCGGAAGGUGCGUGUUUUGCGAGCCACCGAGCGACAAGGACUGAUACGAGCCCGACUGAUGGGAGCGAAGAACACAACGGCCCAAAUCAUCACGUUCCUCGAUGCCCACGUUGAGUGCACAGUUGGUUGGUUAGAGGCUUUGCUGGAUUCGGUGGCACGGGACUGGCGAACGAUUGCGAUUCCGACGAUCGAUUGGAUCGACGAGCACGAUAUGCAUUUGCGAACGGAGAAUGCCCCGUCCUACUAUGGUGCGUACGAUUGGGAUCUGAACUUCGGCUGGUGGGGCCGCUGGAGCCGUGUGCACCAGCCGAACAACAAACUGGAACCGUUCGAUACGCCCGCGAUGGCAGGAGGUUUGUUUUCGAUCAAUCGAACCUUUUUCGAGCUGCUCGGGUGGUACGACGAGGGCUUCGAUAUCUACGGCAUCGAAAACAUCGAACUGUCGAUGAAAAGUUGGAUCUGCGGUGGCCGAAUGGUGACGGUUCCCUGUUCCAGGGUGGCUCACAUUCAGAAAACUGGUCAUCCGUACUUGGCCGAAACGAAGAAAGAUGUUGUGAGGGCAAAUUCGUUGCGACUGGCUGAGGUUUGGAUGGAUGAGUACAAACAGGUCAUUUUCGACAUCUACGGUCUUCCGAAGUAUCCGGAGGAUGAGUUGGGUGACGUUUCUAGCAGGAAGGAAGUUAGACGGAAAGCCAACUGCAAAACGUUCCGCUACUAUGUCGAAACCGCCUUUCCGGAAAUGCAUAAUCCACUCGUAAAAGGUGCUUUCCAUGGAGAGUUCAAAAACAAAGCACUGGGAAACGAUUCAUGCUUGGAGUACCAAACGAGCAGCAACUCGAUAGCCAUGGCCACCUGCGAUCACAAGCAAACCAAUCAGUACUGGACGCACAACUACUAUCAGGAGCUGAACAGCUACAAGCACUGUCUGGACUACACCGGAAACACCCUCGGAGUGUUCGGUUGCCAUCGAUCCCGGCAGAAUCAAGCCUGGCAGUACGUGGUGGAAACGGGACAGUUUAAAAGCGUCAAACAUGGCGGAUGCCUGGCGGUGAACACGAACGAUAACAAAACCCUCCUGAUGGAGCCGUGUGAUGAAAAGCGAGAUUCGCAGAAGUGGCUCGUUACGCUCGUAGACUUGGAUGUGUCAUUCUUUGGACAAACUCCUAAGUAGCGGUUGGUUGGUGGGGCUGGAAGUUUGUCGGAAGAGUUCGAAGGACGAUUCUGCUGGUGAUGAAAAAGUUCUUUGUGAUAUAUUUAAGCAGAUGAUUUUAUCAGUUUUUUAAA